AUGCUAUCAAAGGCUCAACAAAACUUUACUUCUAAGAACACCUCGAAUGGAAUAAACGACGUAGUCAACGACGCAGUCAACGACUCAGUCAACGACGCAGUCAACGACGCAGUCAACGACGCAGUCAACGACGCAGUCAACGACGCAGUCAACGACGCAGUCAACGACGUAGUCAACGACGCAGUCAACGACGCAGUCAACGACGCAGUCAACGACGCAGUCAACGACACAGUCAACGACGCAGUCAACGACGCAGUAUCGAUAAAUCUUUGA